AUGCGCAGUCCGGAAGUGUCGCUCAGGUCACUGCUAAAAAAAACUUCCGCCUUAAGUUGUAAAGAAAACAGUCCGCUAAAGGCUCCGCCGCGUUACGAGGCUUUCGGAGGAGCCCGAGCAAAGGUGCUUCAGUGUGGAGGCUGGCUGCUCCUCUCCGUGGGUGUGCGUGCGUCUGCUCCUCUGCUGACGAUGACAAUGGAGGAGAUGAAGAAUGAAGCGGAGACCAACUCCAUGGUAUCCAUGACGCUGUACGCUGUGAUGUACCCAGUGUUUAAUGAGCUGGAGAGGAUUAAUCUGUCGGCAGCACAGACACUCAGAGCAGCCUUCAUUAAGGCCGAGAGGGAAAACCCCGGUCUGACUCAGGACAUCAUAAUGAAGAUCCUGGAAAAAAAGAAUGUGCAAAUUAACUUCACGGAGUCUCUACUGCGCAUGGCGGCGGACGACGUGGAAGAGUUCAUGAUCGAGCGACCGGAGCAGGAGUUCCAGGACCUGAACGAGAAGGCCCGGGCUUUGAAAAACAUCCUCAGCAAAAUCCCAGACGAGAUCAACGACAGAGUACGCUUUCUACAGACCAUCAAAGACAUCGCCAGCGCCAUAAAAGAAUUACUGGACACAGUCAACAACGUCAUUAAGAAAUAUCAGUACCAGAACCGCAGAGCCCUGGAGCACCAGAAAAAGGAGUUUGUCAAGUACUCCAAAAGUUUCAGUGACACCCUCAAAACAUACUUCAAAGACGGAAAGGCGAUAAACGUGUUCAUCAGCGCAAACCGGCUCAUCCACCAAACCAACCUCAUACUGCAGACCUUCAAAACUGUGGCCUAG